GGACCUGUCUUUGCAAGUUGGAGGAGCCCAAGACACGAUUUUGGAGUAGUGGCGGGAAAUCCAUUCUUCUUCCCCCUUUUGACUUCUCUUUCCCUCGCCUAAACUCAUCUUGUCUCACUAUCUCUCAGACAGGACCCUCGCCGUCGCUGUUGGUUCCAAACGGCCUUUGUCUCUCAUUUUCCCCUUAAUUUACUCCUUUUUUUAGGAGUUAUUCGUAAUUAUACAUAUCUUUGCUCUACGGUGGUUUCUCUCAAUCUCAACCUACAAAGAAAAAAAACCAAUGGGAAGAGAAAAAGAGAAAGAAAAGCCGUCUGAGAAAGCUCUAAAUCUCCUUAGAUCUCGUCUCUCUGACCCUAAUUUCAUCUUUCGACCCCUCUCCGAUUCUCCUGACAGUAACUACAGCAAGUUGAAGUUUAUAAUUUCCACUUCAGUUACGGAAGCAUGCAAUAAUUCGAUUCUGCUUCUUGGUCCUCGUGGGUCAGGGAAAGUCGCGGUUUUGGAACUUGUUCUCAGCGAUCUUCUUCAGCAAUAUCCUGAAGCAAUAUCAGUGAUUAGACUGAAUGGCCUUCUGCAUAGUGAUGACAAUUGUGCACUUAAGGAAAUUGCUCGACAGUUAUGCAUGGAACAUCAACUUUUGUUCUCGAAAGUGGCAUCAUUUGAUGACAACUCCCAGUUCAUGAUAGCAAUGUUAAGGGAAUGUGGAUUAGCACAUAAAACGAUUAUUUUUGUGCUUGAUGAAUUUGAUUUUUUUGCUCAGGGAAAACAAAGAUUACUUUAUAGCUUGCUAGAUGCAAUGCAGUCCGUGAAUUCACAAGCUGUUGUCAUUGGUGUGAGCUGUCGACUGGAUGUUGACCAGCUUCUUGAAAAAAGAGUGAGAUCUCGUUUUUCACACAGAAAGCUGCUAUUUCUUUCUCCCUCUAAAGAAGAUACAGAAAGAUUCAUGGAGCACAUUUUGUCCUUGCCGAUGGAUUCAAGCCUUCCCCACAACUACGCUGCUGAAUUUAAUGGAAGGCUAAAAAAAAUUUUAUCAGAUGAGAGAUUCAAAGAACUGAUUGAUACCUAUUUGAGUUUCAAUUUCACAAUUGGUCAUCUGGUUAGGUUUCUAUUUCAAGCUGUUUCUUAUAUGGAUUUGAAUGCUGGGUUCCUUUCACUUGGGAACUUCAAAACUGCACUUUCCAGCAACCAGAGGCAGCUAAAGUUGGAAAGCAUAAGAGAUUGCUCUGUAUUGGAACUCUAUAUGAUGGUAUGCAUGAAAAGGUUGGAAGUUAAGGAGCAGACCUCUUAUAACUUCUAUUCUGUUAUGACAGAAUACAAGAGCAUACAUGAUUCAUUCCAAACUUCUGACUACUACGCAGCAAAUGUUUGUUUACGGGCAUUUGAACACCUUCUACAAUGUCAAUUGAUUAGUUUUAUAGACAACAAAGGGCACAAUCAAUCUGUUGAAUUUCGUCCUGUAAAGCUUCUAAUUUCAUCAGCUGAACUACAUCAGGGGCUGAAGUCAUACCAGCAGUGUCCUGCCAUCCUUCUCAAAUUAAUGGAUCGAUAAAGUAUUAAAGUAAUAUGGUCCAGAGAACCGUUGGAUGCCUGCCCCAUAUGUAUUGCCAAACGAAAUCUAGAAUGGUCGGUUACUAUGCUGCAUUUGCACGGGUCAGUUCCACCUUUUCUUUAUAUGCCAUCUCUGUUAACGAUUAUUGUAGUGGUUCAUGCUUGCUUACCUUUGAUAAAUGGUUUUAAUGGGUUUGAGUUGGGAUUUGUGUUAACCAGAGAAUGAAUGCACUUGUAUUUGUCAUCCUAAAAUAAGAAAUCGAAUUAGGCUGUGCUUGGUAGGAUAGAGAAAAAGAGAUUUGUAAAUGCACCGGUUAUAUUUCAUAAUUAUUUUUCUAUCAAAUUAUUAUUAUUUUUACGAAGCAAA